UACAAGCCGAAAAGCGAGUUGUCGCCCUUCGAAGAGUGCAUGACUACCGUCCAGUCCUCCCUCCUGAAGCUGCUGCUGCGAUGCGGGUUCAACAACGUCAAGGUUCACUUGGAAGAAUACCUGUCCCAGACGGAGGAAAAGAUAAUAUCCAACCAAAGUAAGAUGGACCAUUUCUGCUUCAUGGUGGUGCACUGUCUGGAGGAUUUUACGUAUCCUUCUUCUGAAGACGUCAGCCAGCUUGCUGAAAACUGCCUCGCCACCGCAGACCUGUCCGCUUUCUGCAAGCCCGAGGUCUCAAGAAUUAACACCCUCCAGUUCAUUGCCUAGCUCCGGCUCUCCAUCAGCCACCUGGCCACCGUGCUUGGCCGACGGAUGCUUUCCGCUGCAGAUCCCAAUGCACCCGCUGCCGAGGGGAAUGAGAAAGAGCAAGACCUGGUGAACGCAAUGAAGAAGCUGGUGGCGAAGGCUCCGACUCCGUGGCCUCAGGUGUUCCUCAUCAGAAAUCUCUGUGACAUCUACGGGCUCGCCUCUAUGUGGAAGACCCUCCAGGUGGAGAAGUGGAUUUUACCCCAAGGGGUAGAAAUUUCACAGGAUAGAAGCACCCGGUCGAAUACAGCACUGAUGUUUUCGGUGCUGGACAAAGCACAAAACCAGCUAAAGAGCAAAGAUUCCACGGAAAACCAGAGCUUGACUUCCGUCAUGAGACAAAUGGAGACCAUCCUCCGGUUGCCGUCCAUCCCAGAUGAGCUGCUGGAAGACAAACUGAAGAAGAUCAUGGAUGCUUUGGGUGACGGUGAAGACCCAGGCCUGCUGGAGGUGGUCUUCCACACUGCGCUCACUCUGGCCUUGUUCCCGAGCCGCAUCACUCACCUCCUCAAGAACAUCUGCUUCAAGCCUGAUGUGGUGAAGGGGUCCUACCUUCCCACCAUGCCUGGAGACCUGCUUUUUGACGAGAAGAACUGGAAAAUUGGUGCGAUGGAUAAGAUUUGGACUUGUCAGUGUGGCUCGUACUGGAUUGUCACCAAUUGUGGGCUUCCCAUGGAAGUGAAGAAAUGCAAGUGUGGUGCUGCCGUUGGGGGAACUAACCACAAACCUGAGACAGGCUUCAUGCGGAAGGAGAUCACCGAGGAUAGAACGGAGAAAGGGUACAUCCUGGCGAGCCGUCUCUUGCGGAGAAAUGAGCUGGAGAGGUGCCUGUCGCCUGCCUGCGUCAAUCUCGUGAGAGCUCUGCUCCAUUCAUGCCUCCUGCUGGGGAUCUACGCUGACAAACAGGCAAUUCUAGACCUGAUGAAAGAAGAGCCGGACGAUGUGUAAUAGUUCUUCUGGGGCCACCUUCGGAAAGACGUCGCGUGCCUGGCAGGCACUUUUUUUUAGGAACACGGAGGAUGCCGUGUUGACUGUCCAUCUGUUUCUACAGCGCCUGAGCAACGACAGCCUAGCAGAUGAGAGUGUAGCCUUGAGCAUCCUGCAUGAG